AUCAGCAUCAGCAUCAGCAGGAGCACCAGCCAGCAGUAUAAGCAUUUGUUCUUCCUAGCCCACUUGACCACUUGCCUCCCUCCCUCCUUGUCCAGGGGGCGCACCGAACCUUCUCCCCCAGGCCGACUCAACCGCCGCCGUCCGCCAUCCCACCCAGGAAAGUGCACAGGCAGAAGCACAACCCCUGGUUUGAGCAAUCUGCCCGGAGCUUCUUCUUCAGCUGAGUUUCCUGAAUGGAUAGGCUCGACGGUUCUGCCCGCCUUAUGAUCGUUUCGGAUCUUGACCAGACCAUGAUCGAUCACCAUGAUCCGGAGAACCUGUCCUUGCUUAGGUUCGAGGCGCUCUGGGUGGCUGAGUUCUCCCAAGAUUCUCUUCUGGUCUUCUCGACUGGAAGAUCUCCGAUCAGUUACAAGGGUUUGCGGAGAGAUAAGCCUUUGAUCACUCCGGACAUCACUAUUUUGUCUGUGGGAACUGUUAUAGCUUAUGGUGAAGAGAUGAUACGUGAUGUUGACUGGGAGCAAUAUCUGAACAACAAUUGGGAUAGGAAUAUUGUUGUUGAGGAGACAAAUAAGUUCCCUCAGCUAAAACCUCAGGCAAAGAGGAAUCAGGGGCCCCAUAAGGUAAGCUUUUUUGUUGACAAGCAGGGUGCUCAGGAAGUAAUGGAUUCUCUCCCUCAGAAGCUGGAGAAACGUGGGCUAGAUGUGAAAAUUAUCCACAGUAGCGGUGAGGCCCUCGAUGUAUUACCACAAGGUGCAGGAAAAGGGCAGGCUCUUUUGUACUUGCUGAAGAAGUUCAAUUCACACGGGAAACCACCGAGCAACACUCUUGCUUGUGGUGACUCUGGAAACGAUGCAGAAUUAUUCAGUGUCCCAUCUGUCCAUGGCGUCAUGGUCAGCAAUGCCCAAGAGGAGCUGCUUCAAUGGUAUGAAGAAAAUGCAAAGGAUAAUCCUAAGAUAAUUCAUGCAACUGAGAGAUGUGCUGCCGGUAUCAUGCAAGCUAUUGGACACUUCAAACUGGGACCUAAUAUUUCUGCAAGAGAUCUCGAGUUCCCUUAUCGGAAGGUAGACACCAUCAAGCCUGCAGAUGUGGUGGUGAAUUUCUAUGUUCUCUAUGAGAAGUGGCGGAGGGGUGAGGUUCCAAAGUCUUCAUCAAUUGUGCAGUACUUGAAAAGCAUUACUCAUUUGAAUGGAACAAUUAUUCAUCCUUCUGGAUUGGAGCGUCCUCUGCAUGCAUCCAUUCAUGCGCUGAGUUCAUGCUAUGGUGACAAACAAGGCAGGAGGUUCCGGGCAUGGGUGGACAGACUAGUUACAUCACCGAUUGGUACAAGUAGCUGGUUGGUGAGGUUUGAUAAUUGGGAAAUGGAAGGUGAUGCACGGUAUUGCUGCCGAACAACUCUUCUGCUGAAUAUGAAGCCUGAGACUCCAGAGGGCUUGGAGCUGACACACAUCCACAAGACCUGGCUUGAUGGACACUCUGCAGGGAGUGAGCACACAUUCAUCUUAUAGAUCAUUUGUAAUGUGCACAUAGGCAUACAAUUUUUUGCUUCAGGAGUCCAGAUAGAAUAAGAAUGUACUCCCAGAGAGGGCUUGACGCUCUUGGUAAUUCCAUGUACAAAAAAAAUGUUCUAUGAUUCUAUCUCAUGAAGUUCAUGAGAUCCAUAAAUUAACAGAAGCUCUUGCCUCUUGUCUCAAA